AUGGAACUUCCCUUCGUUACCGUCGACGUCUUCACUCAGAAGCGCUUCCGGGGCAACACGCUCGCCAUCGUAACUAUACCCGCCACGGGCACCAAGCCUACACAGGAGCAGAAACAGAUCAUCGCUCGCGAGUUCAACCUCUCCGAAACCGUCUUCCUCCACGAUGUCCAAGACCCGGCGACGAACAAGACGCGCCGCAUUGACAUCUUCAUGCCCACGGCCGAGAUGACCUUUGCCGGCCACCCGACCCUUGGUACCGCCGUCACGCUGCUCGACCAGGGCGUCGAUACCAUCGUUACCAAGGCCGGCCCCAUCCCCGUGAAGCAGACCUCCCCAGGCGUCGUCCAGCUUAGCCUCCCGUUCGAAGCCCACAUGCACGCCAAGAAGGUCCGGGACCUGUCUCUCGCGGAGAGCAAGCUCCCGUCCGACGAGCAGAUCCGUCGUCUCGAGCUUGACGCGCCCGUCUUCAGCAUCGUCAGCGGGGUGCACUACGUUCUCGUCGAGCUGCCGUCGCUCGAGCUUCUCGCCAGUGUCGAGCAACCCAAGGCGGAGCUUCCCGCCGACGACCUCCUGGACAAAGGUCGCACGGGGUUCCUCGGGAGAUACUACUACGUCAGGCAAGCUUCGACCAAGGACGAACAGGGCCAAGCCGUCGUGUCUUUCCGCGCGAGAAUGCUCACCAGCACAUUCGAGGAUCCCGCCACCGGCUCGGCCUCCUGCUGCCUUGCCGCAUAUGUUAGCACCGUAGCAGAUAAGCAAGACACUCCCAAUCGCAAGUUCGUAAUCACCCAAGGUGCCGAGAUGGGCAAGGAAGCUCAGAUGUCGGUCGAGAUUGUCCUCAAGGACUCUGUCAUCGACGACGUCAAACUCGCCGGUACCGCUGUCCCGGUGAUGCGCGGAGCCAUCACGCUUUAA